AUGAUAAAUAGGCCGAAUGAAGAAGAGCAAUUGCAGAUGAUUGUGAAAAAUCUCCUUCCUGUAUAUCAAAAGCAGAUGGCAUAUCAAUACUUCCCCUCUUUUAAAGCUCUUAUCUCAACUGGGUCAUUGGUUGAAGACGCCAUAAAGAAGGGAAAGAUCAAGAAGGAACACUUUAACAAUGGCAACUCAUAUAGUUCAAGGUUCGGGGCUAAUAAGAUGAUCACCAAUAAUGAUGCAUCUGCUUCAAAGCCUACCAACAUGAUAUACAACAUUGGGGCAACCUCGGCAUUUCAACUCCGACCCCAAAGACAAUUCACUCCUUUAAAUAUGACAUAUGCCCAGGCAUUCUCCAAACUAAAAAAGGCCAAUCUCAUCCAACCUUUGAUCCCAAGACCUCCACCAAGGAACCCUCCACCAACGUACAGCCCAAACAAACAUUGUGAAUUUCGUCAAGGAGCCGGGCACGACAUUGAAAGUUGUACGGCAUUCAAAAAUCGACUACAAGACUUGAUAGAUGGUGGAAGGUUCUCUGUUGGAACCUUAGCCAACAAACCAAAUAGCACGCAACCCAGCAUCACAAAUAACCCCCUUCCAAAUCACAAACCCCCUACCUCCAUAAAUGCCAUCUCUACCUACACAAAUGAUUUUGACCCAACCCAAUUGAUCACCAGAAAUGAAUUUUGUGAAUGUGAAGCACUAGUGACUGAAAUAGGUAGGUGUCUAGAUAAUGAACUUGCUUCCCAUAGAAUCAUCAAGAUAAGAGGUCACAACUAUACCCUCCGCAAGGAUCCUUUUGCUAUGAUGUGUGGGGCUAUAGAUUACGACAAUGCAUACUUUAUAUUGGACCGUGAGGAAGAUGAAGAUGCUGCAUCUGUAAUGGCUAUUGUUGAAAGAAACACUGGAGCUUAUUUCUCCACUCCAAACAACUAUAGUCACCCUAUAUGCCUUGGUGACUUUAGUGAUGAUGAAGUAGUGGAAGUAUCCCAUUUAACUCGAGCAAGUCGACACUUCAAGCCCUCUUACCUUGAAGAAGAUAAUCCAUUAGACGCUUUACGAAGAAAAGAAAAAGGGAAAGAACUAAUGGUAGAUGAAGUCAACAUAGAAGAUGAUGCUAUCAAGCGAAUGAAGGAGGUCAAUGCUAAUGUUUCUAUAUGGAAGUUGCUUAUGCACUCGCAACCUCAUCAAAGCGCAGUCCUUAAGCAUUUGAAUGAAGCUUCGGUUGACCCCUCUAUUACUCCAGAUCAAAUUGUAGGCCUUAUUCAUGGUGUAGACCAUACUCUCAUGUUCACGGGCGAAGAUCUCCCUGAAGUUUCAAACCAUAAUAAUUCAUUACACAUCACUGUUCGAUGCAAUGGAUGGACAAUACCUAGAGUCCUUGUGGAUAACGGAUCUGCAAUCAAUGUAUGUCCCUAUCGAGUGCUCACUAAGCUUGGUCAUUCAAAAGAUGAUUUGGCACCAUCAAGCCAAGUGGUUCGAGCCUAUGAAAACGCCACCAGAGAAGUUUUGGGUUCCAUCGAAUUACUUAUACAAUAUGGCCCAAUGGCUAGGAAAGUAGACUUCACAGUGGUUGACAUCAAAGCAUGA